UUGCCCUUAAUCAAAAUGGCUGCCACGGCCUUUCCCUUCAAACCCAAGACGGUGACACGACUUCCUGUUGGAGUCUAUUUUUCCCUUAACAAAGAUGGUAGCUGCACUUCCUGUUCAGCAAAGUGCGUACGGCCGCCUCAGGCUGGGAGAGCUAUGGAAGGCCAGAAAGCCACAUCAAAUCAUUGCUCAGAAGAGAGCAGCAACUUUCUGGACCUAUCCCCAACCUAUGACAUAGCACAGCAGCUACAACAGAAGCCUAGGCAUGAGGCCAGUAGUGAGACUUCUAGUUCUAUGGACAUUCUUACUUCUUCUCUGGAUUCAGAAGGCAGCCACUUAAAUUCACGACAGAAUGAUUCUGGGACCAGUGAGAACUUUUGGCUUAACCACUCCAUGGCAAACCAACCAGAGACCAUGGAAGAUGAUGGACUUAGGAAAUCUCUGGACCGUUUCUAUGAAGUAUAUGGUCAGACACUACCCCCUCCAAGGGAUGGACUCUCAGAGACAGCAUCUCAUCGCCUUUCUCAGAAAAUCACAGAACUGACCAGUCAAGAGAAUCAAAAGUAUGCACUCCGCAGUUUUCAGAUGGCCCAGGUGAUUUUAAACCGAGAUGGAUAUUCAGUCAUACAAAAUCAUUCUAAAGAUGUUCUCUUCUGUCCACUGGAAGAAAGAGAUGCUUCUCUGGAUAAAGAAAAGCCAACCCCAGGACUUUCAAAAGAUGUAAUUAGUUUUCUCUUAAAGGAGAAUAAAGUGAAAGAAACAUAAUUCAUAUAGCUAAAGGAGCUGGACUGGACAUAUAAUUUGUUGUUGAUAGGUGAUAAUUUAAAUGCCCUCACAUAAGACAUGAAAGCAGUUGGGAAAUGGUGUUAUUAUGGAAAUGAAUCUGUGCAUAUUCAAGUGUGAGAUGUCAUCUAAUGAAAUAAGGCUGAGGUCAUAUGAUAAAGAAUGUAUGAACUAAAAGAAUACAAAUAAAGAACUAGAGUAAAACUCUAGCAUAUUUCAA